GAAAAAACACAACCUGCAAAACACAGCUGCUCUCCGGCAAAUGGACUGUUUUUAAUACUGCGUUCAUCUGAUUGCACUAAAGAGCAGUCCUGAAAUUUCAUAUUUUCUGUAUAUUUGGAGCCACAAACCACCUUCUCUACCAAAUUAAUAAGACUUGAAACAAUGAACCUGAGGCGAAUAAUGAAGCUACUUCUGUUUUGGAGUACACUUUAUCUUCAAACACCUGAUGGAUCUGAUGUUACAGUAAGCCAGGAUUUGAGUAUGGAGGAAAAAUGGAGCACAUUUCAAAUCGAACCUAAAAUCACAGUCAGUGUCAUUCUGGGAAAUGCUACAGAGCUGCAAUGUAGGAACGAGACUAGCGAAGGAUUGGUCAUGUGGUGGCAGACACCGUUUGGAUCAUUUGGAGAAAGAUACAAGUUUAGCGAUAAGGACCCGAUAGAGAUGAGUAACGGGAAUGUGAGGAUCUCAAAGGUUACGUUAAGUCACGCCGGACUCUACAGUUGCCUCCUAGUGGACAGUAGAGGCACGACAUUCGUUCCAUAUAGAGUAGAUGUAAUAAACGAAAACACACACAAGACAAGAACGAGGAUAAGAACAGCCAGAGACGCCGAGACGUCCACCAUCCAUCACACUCACUUCGUAGCAGCUGUGUCAUCAUCAGUGUUGGUCACCUUUAUAGGAGCGUUUACACUCGGCGCAUUCAGCCAACCCUACGUCAUUAAGUGUUUACAAAGAGCAAAGGCCAGGAUGUGUCCUAACAAAAGCACUACAAGAGUCAGCAGACCCAGGACUGUUUUUUUCAGGAGAAACCCAAACUCUGAAGAAGACACUGUAGACUUUGCGGCAGAGUCCUCAGCGUCCAUCAAGCCAGCUUCUAACACGAUGACAGACCAAGACGAGAACCAAGAUGGAGCUCACCUAGACGGCGACUCGGUAAGCAGCGGUGUUGAAAAUGACACAUCAAAUGGAAAAGCAGGUGAUGAAUCAGAUCAACCGAAAAACCAUGAAGAACAGGAACAAGAAGCCGGACAUGGAUCAGAAGCGAUUGCGGAUGAACAACCCAAACGCAUCAGUCGAGUUAUUAAACUAUACAACUAUGAUGAAGAUGGAACCCGAUACAGCCACAUUAAAGAACCUGAGGACAACCCAACACCCAGACAGAGAGUGAUGUCACUCACUCGACUCCAAAGCAUCAUGAAUGAGGCGGAAACACUGGAUUUCUCCAAUAGCAGAAACUCAACCGAACCAGAUCAUACUGAGAACGCUCUCAGUAUGACUUAAACACUCAAUUUGGACAAUUUUGUAAGAAAAGAUCAUGCCUACACUAAUUACCAUGCUUUAAAAUCUCUUUUAUACAUUUUUUCAGCAAUCAGUAGAACACUGGAACUAAGGUUACUGAUCUCAUCCAACAUUUUUCCCCUAAAUACAUACUUCACUUUAAGUAACAUGUAUUACAAAAAACUCUUAAUGUAUUUUUUUUUAAUCAAGGUAGACCUCCAUCCUGCUCCACCCAAAGUGACUUGAAUGAUACACUAUGUUGCCAAAAGUUUUGGGACACGCCUCCAAAUCACUGAAUUCAGGUGUUGUUUUUCAGGGGUUAGGCUCGGCCCCUUAGUUCCAGUGAAAGGAACUCUUAAUGCUUCAGCAUACCAAGACAUUUUGGACGAUUUCAUACUCUUAACUUUGUGGGAACAGUUUGGGGAUGACCCCUUCCUGUUCCAACAUGACUGCACACCAGUGCACAAAGCAAGGUCCAUAAAGACAUGGAUGAGCGAGUUUGGUGUGGAGGAACUUGAGUCCUGACUUCAACCUGAUAGAACACCUUUGGUGAUGAAUUAGAGUGGAGACUGCGAUCCAGAUCUUCUGGUCCAACAUCAGUGCCUGACCUCACAAAUGCUCUUCUAGAGGAAUGGUCAAAAAAUCCCAUGAACACACUCCUAAACCUUGUGGAAAGCCUUGAAGAGUUGAAGCUGUUGUAGCUGCAAGGGGCGGGACAACUCCAUAUUACAUUCAUGUGCAUGUGAAGGCAGACGUCCCAGUUUUGGCCUGGCUCAUAUAGUGUACACAUAUAGUGUAUUUAUGUAAAGAUCUCACUUAAAUCACUAAUGUUUAAAGAAUAAAAGACCUGGGUCUGUGGCUGUGAUGUGGAGUUACUCCAAAGUUGCUUAUUUUCCAAGA